AAAACAAGCACCACUACAUAUUCAUAAAUGUGGAUUCCCACAGCCAUUGGCUAUACAUUCUCGCUCCUACUAAGUGUGUGGGGCAUCCAGUUCUACAUCAACGUGUUGAAGCGCCCAAUAUACUUCCUGGUGCCGGUGGUGUUGGCGGUAUUUAUCCCCAUCUCCAUCAUUUUCCUUAUGCCACUAGAUUAUGUUCAACAUAACGCCAAAGAUGCUGUUGCGUGGCUUGACUUGCCAGAUGUCGUCAUCUUGUACUUGUGGAAGGUCAAAUACUGGACAACGUUUUUGUUGACAUGGUUGGUGUUACCGUUGCUUCAGGAAUUUUAUAAAUCAGGUCAGCACAAGGGCUAUAGCCGACUCAGAGAAGCGCUUCAGAAAAACUUACGUUUCCAAUUGACCAUUUUGGCGGUGUCGGUGGUGGGUGUGAUCUACUUGUCGUUGGAGGUGGGCCUUUCGUUUGGGCACAUGAAAUCCAUGAUUAUUGCUUUAUCACAUAUUUAUCCUUUGGUAUUGGCCCUAUGGUUAAUGGCACAUGGACUCGUCAAUAUACCGCGAGACCAAUGGACGUUUGGCAGCGUGGUGGGUAACUUGAACUUUCACUAUCUCAAGGUGCCGAAGCUCAUCGACGACUUGGAGGAUGUGAAAAUCGCCUUUAAAGAAGACAUUCUCCAAGUGCUUGUGUUGCAGAAGAACUUCACCCACGACUCAGAAGACCUCUUUGUGUUCCGUGACUGGAUCUUGGAAAUGUACCAAAACAUUCCUGAAGACUUGAAGGAGGUCAUGGAGCUCCAGUACGUAAGUGAAGCUCCUGCUAUUUCUCGCAACCAGUUGACGAGCGGGUUUAUGACGAAACUUACUGCCAGAUUCAAUUCCAACCUCCACAAGUUGGUGGCAUACGAGUCAGCUUUCAACACCCUUUAUCGUCAUGUGAUUCUUUAUGAAGACUUGUUGACCACGACCAGUGGAAGUCCCCAGUUUCGAUUAGACACUGCGUCGGACCUCGUAUCACCAAGAACAAAAUACCUCCUCCAUUGCUACGUCUACCCCGUGCUUAACCGGGCGUGGUCGAUUAUGCUCUUUGGCGCUGCAUUUGUGGUGAUCGAGUCGGAGUUGUUUCAUUCGACCAAACUCCUGCUCAUCAACAUGAUCUUUACCCGUAUCCACCACAAUUGGGUGCAAUUGGUUGUUUGUUGGUCGGUGUUUUCGCUAAUGCUUAUAUGUGCUAUGAACUCGUUGACCAAGUUGAAGGUAUUUCUGGUGUAUCACUUGGUUCCGCAUCAGCUGGAUCCGGUGUCGGCAUGUUUCUAUGCCACAUACAUCGCUAGAUUGACGAUUCCCUUGUCGUACAACUUCAUAACGCUCUUUGUGCUGCGGAAGUCGAUAUUCGAGGACUGGUUCGGGAAAUCAAUCCACCUCACGGGAUUAUUCAACUUGAUGAACAAUUGGAUCCCACGGCUCAUUGUUUUACCGGUGGUGUUAACGGUGUUUAACGUGUACGACAAGUUGAAGCGGCGGCUCGGACUCGCGUCAGAUCUUUAUGACUCGUUCGGGUUUGACGACGUAGAGGACGUGGAAAACCAGCCUCAGAAGCGCAAAGAUUUAAUCAUAGUGGAGGCCAAGCGUAUCAUUUCUCGUGAGUAUACCAAGAGAAUGGCCGGGAAUGUACGGCACUUCAACCUCCAACAAGCAGCAGACCUCAACUACAACGUGAACCGGACCCAGUUCACGGCGGCAUUAUCCAACCGGAUCGAUGAGCCGUACCACGACGAGGAGUCGCUGGGGCUGGAGCUGAUUUGGGGUCGGCUCGGGUCGCAGUGGAGUAACUUAACCCAACAGCUUCCACGAUGGCUGGACCGGGGCCUUGGCCGCAGACGUGGCAGCAGCGCCGCCUACGAAGACGAGCCGCUCGACCAGUUCGACUACGACGACGACGCCGACUCACCCAUGGUGAUCUAG